GUGUCCCGAAAGAUCAACGACCUCAGCUGUUCAGGCGGUCUUCUGGACGGCCCCAAAAAAUGACCCCAUCAUACCAUUCCCUUGGACUCCGGGUUAUUGUUGUAGCCACACCCUCGAGCCCUUUAAACCUCUCCACAUCUCCUCAACUGCAGCAGCGAAUGCCAUGCCCCUCCAGGUCACCACGGAGUCACCCCUAGGCCCUUCUCCACUUCUCCAAUGGAAGACUACAUCCGAGGUUUGGAGACCGAAGUGUUGGCCUCCAACAGUCUGGCUACGGACCCAUUCGGUCUGGGCAACAGCGCCUCCAGCGACAAGUUCGCGGCGUUUGACGCGUACGUCAAUAAGAUUGUGGACGAGGACGGCCAUGUUGUGGAGGAGGAGUCGUCCGCUAAUGAGUUGGGGGACAACUGCAACGACGUUCUGACAGACGCCGCCGGGGCGAAAGGAGACAAGGGGAGAGAUGGCAUGCCCAGCUCCAGCCUCAGCGCCCAGCCGUCCGCCCCCAACUGCCAGCCGACUCCCAGCUGUAGUAGCAAGCUGAGCGCAGGCGCUGUGGAGUUCCCCAACAACAACAACAACAAGGGCAACAACCACUACAAAGACGACGGGCCAGCCCACGACCUGUCCCGCGCGGGUCUCUGGGACAAUAACGGUCACAACAAGUUCUAUAAACUGUCCAACAGCAACGGCGAGACCGCGGGCUCCGGCCACAACCAUUCUCUCCUGCCAUCAAAUCUCAGUGACGUCAUCCACAACGCGGAAAGUUACGAUUUCAAUCUGGGUUCAGAUGGUUCAAACGGUAUCGACGGUUUGCUGUUCGAUCCGGCGACUGCGGAGCUCCUGGAUAUACCCAACGUCCAAGUGUCCGAGGAUUUCCUGCAGAAGUGUAUCCAGCAAAUACAGCUGCAGAAUACGUUAGAGUCCUUUUCCUCUGGUGUUGUGGGUCAAGAUCUGGACUUGUCGGAUUUUGAUCGGAAGUUCGGCUAUGCCCCCAACAGCCACAAUGGGUGCGGCAGCUUCAGUAACGCUCACGUCGACCACGUGGCCAGAGCUGCGUCACAUUCCUCUCCCUCCAGACAGCAGCGGUAUCAGCCAGAGCCGUCGAAGUCCGGGCACAUCUCGGCGGCCACUCUUCCCAAAGCAAUGGCAGCUAAACACGGCGACAACAACUACGGAGGAGGGUAUGGCAGUUUACCCACGCAACGAGAGGAGCCCGCCCACCCCCACCAACUCCAUGCCCAUCCCCACCACGCCCACCAAACCCACCAUGCCCCACACCAACAGCACCCUAUGUGGCGAGACGUCCCAUCCCAACACUCACUAUCCCACCUCGACGUCCCACAAAGCCACAGGGAGCACCAGCAGCACAGAGAUAAUGUAAUGCUAUCCUCAUCCCCUUUCUCACAUUCCUCGAAAGAGUUCGCCGGUGCUCAGGUUCCGUCUGUUGCCAAAUUCCCGUACCACCACGAUCAAAACGCCAACAACUCCUCGUCCCCCUCCGUCUCCGAGUUCUCUCUGUGUUUGGACAACCGCCCGUCGCCCGAUUUCUCCCGGUCCGACGUGUCUCCGUGUCUCUCUCCUCGCUCUCCAAGACUGGGCGGUGGCAGAACUACUCAGAACUCGGGCGCUGGUGGUAUUGGAAGUGGUGGUGGCAACUAUUUCUCCUCAUUUGCCACAGACUUUGCUGGUGGUGGUGGUGGUGGUGUUGGUGGUGGUGCUUCUGGGGGUUUGCUGUCCUCCAAGGACAGCCUGGACCUCGAUUCCGGCUUGGACAAAGGACUGGCCAGCACUCCAACCUCGUCCUACACCUCUGACCUACUUCUGUCCUCCCCGUCCAGGAUGUUGUCGGUCCCCGCGCCCGGACAGAAAGGACAGACGCUCUCACUGCCCUGCUCUCAGGUCCCCAGCCCCCAGCUCCUGUCUCCCAUACCGCCACGCAUUCCACUGCCCCACGAGGUUCAUGGUGACUCCAUCUCUCACAUGUCUUUCACCGGAGGAGGAGACGAGGUCGCUAGUUUUUCCAGCCCCCACUCAUCCCCCUUCCUGCCAGGCCCGUCAGAUCUCCAGCUGGCAACAGCAACAGCCUCCUCGCCAUCACAUCAACAACAACAACAACAGCAGCAACAGCAGCAGCAGCGGCUGUUUGGUGACGCCACGACAGGACACAACAAGUUUUCAUUCAGCAUGGACCACCAGCGUUUGACGCCGUCCUCUCUCUCCGCUGCCUCCUCCAUGCCCACUUCUCCGUCGUUAGCCGUCAACAAGUCGUCGGAGAAUGCUGUGGAUGCUGCGUUAUCACAUCAGUCAUCAUCAAGUCUUCAGCCCCUGCACGUGAGUACAGACGGGACCCUCCAGAACUCUCACAGCGUGUAUGCGAACCACCACACAGCCAACGUACACACAGGCUCUGACUUGACCUUGGGCCACCUGCGAGCAGCGGACGGGACCUUGAAACAAAGCAAUAACAACAACAACAACAAUAAUAAUGUUAAUAAUAACAAUGUGAACAACAACAACAACGUUAACAACAACAACAACACGUACAGUUGUAUAGACAAAAACCACAUGUACUUCGCCCCCCACAGCCCAUUCCACAUAUUGGAUUCUCCGACAACGCCGUCCGACUUGGAUAACGGGGGCGGGCGUCUACAGCAGCAACGCAAGAUCGCAAUGAGCGCUGGUGAUGGUGAUUUUGGUGGCGGUGGUGGUGGCAGCAAUGGUAGCAACCACUUUCAGAGUCAGGGUCAGGGAGGAGGAGGAGGAGGUAUGGGUGAUGGAAAGGUAUCCAGUUUUCCGAGCAAUCAGCUGGGAGUGUCUUCGCAGUUACAAAGCAGUGGUCUUUCUCCCGCUGCACGGAUGUCUAGUCCUGGGAAUAUAGACUCGAACACGCUCGCUGCUGCUAUCCUUCAAGAAAGGCUGAACAACCAACAGUUGCAGCAACAACAGCAGCAGCAACAACAACAGCAGCAGCAGCAGCAACAACAACAUCACCACCACCAGCAGCAGCAGCAGCAAAAGCUUCAGCAGCUGCAGCUGCAACAGCAACAGCAGCUUCUCGCAAACCAUUUACAACAACAGGUCCGCUUCCAUCAACAACAACAACAACAACAACAGCAGCAACAACAACAACAACAACAGCAGCAACAGCAGCAGUUAAAGCAGGGUGGACUGAGGAAACAGUUCUUGCCCGAGCAGAUACUGCAACUGGGCGGAGGACUUCCCCUGCCAGCCAUGGUCAACUCUGGAGCGGUCAAUUUCACCCCGGGACCUAACCCUUUCUUUGUCAGCUCUCCAGCUCCCAUGAUCCCGGCCCAUGCAGGCAUUAACAGGUUCGCUCCAGGGGUCAACGGAGCGGUCAGUAUGCUCAACACAAUGCAGGCCCGGCCGAACAUACCACAUCAUCUGAACUUUGGAGCCAGACAAAACUUGAACCUUCCCCCUGGUGUGAACCCCCACCUGGGCUCGGGCAUGACCUCUGACCCCACGGGUGUGGGCGAGGCCAACAAGCUAGGGGGAGCAGGGGACAAGCAGCGGCUGAUUGAAGAAAUGUUGCUACGGGACCCGCGGACCCAGGCUGUCUACCAUCAGCUGUUGCAGCAAGCACUCAUGCAGUACCCAGGAGGUUAUCAAGCAGCUCUGAUCAACGCCAUGCACUCCAACCCUCUGAUGCUGAAUGCUGUGCACGCCGCUGCUCCCACCGCACUGCUCAAUCCAACGGUGCACGGUGCUGGGAUGCGUCGCGACGGGGUGGAGUUCGUACCCGUGGAGGCUAUGGGCCGGAUGACUCACUCACCGUACAUCGGUGACGUACUCUACGACCCCACCAGCUACCCCUUCCUCGGAGUGCAUCCUCUGAUUCCUAACAUGCGACAUUUCAGGAGUGGUCCAUCUAAUGAGCUUCACACCCGACUGGAGGAAUGUUACGAGCAGUUCAAGGCUGUAGAGAAGGAGAGGAAAAAGACGGAGGCUGAGUUAGCACGACAAAAUCCUGGGAAGAAAGUGUCCAGCACCAACUCCAUCCCCAUCCCUCGGCUGCCAUCCAACCCUUCACGGGUGGAUAGACUCAUUGUGGAUUCCUUCCGGGAGCAUGCUCGGAUCAUUACACUGGUAGAAAAGAUGGAGAAACUGCGCAGCAUCAGUGUCCAUGCUAACGUCCACUCCACUCUGGACCUGUGGUUAGAGAGUAUCAAACGUGUACAGGCCAGUCGUAAAGACGAGAUCGUCAACUCAGCCAAUCGGCAGCGAGCAGGGGUUCCCAGGCAGCCCGAUGAUAAAGAUGUGACAGCUCUGGCGGCCAGUAUCGGUCACUUGUGUGUUCACACCCGGCUGGCCCGCACGGCCCAGUGGGCAGCCCUGCAGAUGGCCGACAAGGAGAACCCGAAACUGACCAGCCACAGCGAAGUGGAGCUCACAGACCCUGUGGACUUGACCCCGUACAUUCAGCCGUCUGCUGCAGAAGCUGCUAGCGCCACCACUCCCAGCGCCACUACCACGGCAGCAGCAGCAGCAGACGGGAACAGUGACAGUAAAAAGGAUGAUACGAAAGUCACGACAGAGCCGGCCAGUAAAGCGGAGGAAGACAAAGGGGAUGGAGAAAUCAUCGAAGAACAGACUCCUCCAUCUUCUGGGAAGGGAGAUUCGAACUGUAAUCCCCCCCAGCAGUCAAGCGGUGCGGAGAAGGUCAGCAUUGUUUCUGCAGCUACCCAGUACACGCCCAAAAUUCUGAAGCGAAGAUAAUAAAAACUUGUUGACCGUGUGUGUGUGUGGAGUAGUUGGUGUAUUUCACACCGUUUCUGCCAUGUCAGCGCCAAAUGUCUUUUCAUAGUUGUUGCGUUUCCAUAGAUGCUUGUAUGGUGGGGUGUAGUCUGAAUAUGUCCACAUUGUCAGCCCUGAAAAUGUGUCCUCGACCCUUAUGAUGUCACAGAGAAGCAAUGACCAUGUGAUGAACUAAAUAAUCAUUUCCUCCCAAAGGUCAGCAAAAGCCUAUGGGGUCAUGCUUGUUUUGUCAUGUGCCAUGAUGUGCUAUAAUUAGCAGGCUGUGAUUUUUGUGUGUGUGAUGAAGAGGCUUGUUCUUUUUUACUGGGACUGCUCUGUAACCAUAGACAUAUGUCUCGUAAAUGAAGCUGGGAGAAAUGACCUGAUAUCUCUCCAUAAGACUUGUGUUAUGUGAAGUUUAAAGUCUCGUGAAUUAAGCUGGAAGAAAUUGGCCAAUAUCAGUGAUAAGACUUGCGUUCUGUGAAGACUUACGUCUUGUAAAUUUAGCUAAGAAAUAUUACCCGAUAUCUCUGAUAAGACUUGUGUUCUGUGAAGUUUAAAGUCUCAUAAAUUAAGCUGAGAAAAAUUAACCGAUAUCAAUGAUAAGACUUAUGUUCUGUGUAUUGUACAACUACAAGACAUUGAAGUAUUCCAUUUUUCCUGAAAUUUUAGGAGUUUUAGAACAAACAAAACAAAAAACAACUCUCAACCAGAAUAUGAAGAGCUGCAUCUUGCGAUAAAGUGCCAUGACAAAACUGUUUUUGUUUGUACCAAGAUGCAAAUUUUAUGUAUAUUUGAAACAGAAGGAUUAAAACUAUCCCAACAACAAAAUCUGAUUAUAAAAAAGAAUUUAAUUAAUAUUGCAAGUAAAACUUAUCUGUUGUGAGAGAUUUUGUCUGUAGAUGAAACUAAACAUGAAACAGGAGACUAAUGACAAAAUUAGAUAAGCAUUGAAGAAAGAAAAAUGAGGACGGUUGUAAGAUUUUUAUUAGCAAAGAUAUACACUGUUACCUCAUCGUACAGCCAUCCUUUCUAGUACUAAAAUACACCUGUAAUCUGACAAAAGUAUACGGCACAAAAAGACACUCACUGUGGCUACUGCUACUCAUCACACUUGUUAUUGGUGGAGGAAUCAUCAGGCUUAUCUCACCACAUCAAGUGAUACAUACACUUUUUUGGAGUUGCAGCGCGUGCUGAUCUUCAAGGGACAUGUGAUAUAGUGUGGCUAGUUCUGAACAAGCUGUGGAUUGUAUUUUCUGUCCAGCUAUGAAGCUGCAGAUACAAGAAUAGAAACGAAAAGCGUUAUAUAGAAGUUCGCAUUUAUAAGACAUUUUGCUGCGCCCAAAGACUUUUUUCCAUCAUGCACUAGUCGAUAUAUGAUGCCAGAAGUCAUUUGUCUUCAGCAAUACACGUGGUGAUUUUCCAAAACAUGACUGUCCAAGAUAUGGUCUGAAAGAUGAAUAUCUAUGACAUUAUAUAUGCAUAUGUUAUAUAAAAUAUUUAUUAUCUCAAGGUUUUUUGCUGAUACCAGCUGUGGCCCGAUCACCUGAGUAAGAAAAUGAUAGCCACCUCUUGCAUUGCACUGUCUUGUGUACUUAUCAAAGUCUUUAACCAUCUCGAGAUUUGUUUUGAUGACAAAAGUACCAUACUUAACAGCUGCUUUUCUUUUUAACUUCAUUUUAUGACAGACAAAUACCUAGAUGUGUGAUGGCAAAGACAUAUCAUUGAUCUUGGAUGUAGCUGGUCUUGGAAAACAUUCAAUCAGCUCUUCAUGAUUUAGUGAAAGAAGCUUGUAGGGUUUUAGAGUUGAGAUAAACAGAAACCCUCUUAGCUGUUUUGUACAGUAGUUUUUGUUUUUAGAAAUAUUGGCAAGCCUUUGCCUUUAUUUACAAAGUUUAGUUGCCUGUGAUGGUACUGUAGUUCGAGAGACAGUUAGAUAGGACAAAAUUCCUGGCUUGCCCCAGUAAAGAAUGAAAGUUGUGGACAGUAGGAAGUUUGUGAGCUGGCAGAGAGCUAGAAAGUUUGCUUUGCUUUUGUUUUCCUUUUGUGGGGGUUUUUUUUAGAGCCUGAAAGUUUAGUUGACAUUCACUGUUUUCUACUUGUCUUCGACUGUUAUUUCUCCAUUGCUUUGUUGUUGGCUUCAAGUGAGCACAGUUCUGAACACACGAAGAGAAAUUGGUGAGAACAGGGACCAGAUUUUUAUCUUGUGUUUUGUUUUUACACUUUGGAGGUAUUGGGAAGGGUUGAGAUGGUGAUGGAGACAUUGCUUGCUUUUUUACCAUUGUUUUCUUUUGCUUUUUUGUUGGGUUUUUUGUGUUUUUUUGUUUUGGCUUUUUCAAUUUUCAAAAGCUGCGCGAUCAUUUGUUGAGCAACAGUUUGUGUUGUGUAGUGUGCAGGUGUUUAUUCUAUUUAGGCAUGGAUGGCCAUUAGGUUGUGGGUUCGAAUCUCAUCAAGGGCCCAACGUUUAGUCCUUAGUAAAAAGGCCCUUUACACAAACUUUCCUCACUUCACCCAGAUGGGAAUGGCUGCCCAGCUUAUAGAUAGCAACAGAUCUUGUCAGUUUGUUUAUGUUUGAGCACGUGCAAUCCGCAGCUUGCACUGUAUGCUAUCCGGGAAGCCGAGUAUGUUUCUGAGUGCUCCAGGGUCUGCUAGGGUUAUAAUAGUUGUAAAACGCAUAGAGCAAGCUGUAGAGCAAGGAUAUGGGCUUUGUAAAUGCAAUUAGUAGUAAUAGUAGUAGUAGUAUUCUUUUUUUCAAUUGUUAUCAUUGUUAUUUAUUAUUAUUUCUUUUGUUCUGUACAUGUGCUCAGCACGUGUGCUGUUUCUGAUGGCUUUGUGGUUGACACAGCCACUGAUACAUUUGGGAGGUGGGAUGCUCUUACAUGUACAGAGAACUGAUACAAUUGUGUCCCUGUUUUUUUUUACUUUGACACAAAAUAUACUGAGGUAGACCGUCAGCAUCUGAGGUGUUGUGUAGUAGUGGAAAGUUAGGCUCUUAGCUCAUCUUCUCAAAAGACUUGAGUUUGAUUUCAUCGUGGGAAAGAUAUUGUAUUAUAAUGUGUUCCCAUCUGUUGCAGUGGUUAGUAUCCUGGUAUCCUGCACAGCCCAUGUUGGCUUUGAUUGAGAAGCAGGGCUGUUAACAGCUCAAGGCUCAUCUCCCAAAUAAUCUAUCCUGUAUCAACAUUUGAUACCUUUUUAUGAAGUUAGGCAGCAUUUCACUCGAUGAACUCUGAGGAUGAUGGGACCUUGGUGCAUUGGAUAGUCCAAAUUCUGUAGAUAGUGUCCAAAUUAUGCUCAUGUUGUGCCCAAGCAAAGUGUUGCAUUGUCAAAACUGAGACUUGAGAUAAAGGUUUUUGAGAACAGUGCCAGGGAUGACUGGUGACCGUAUUAAACUAUGAGUGCGCUGACUUAAGCUGUAUGUAAAAUGGCUUCGGAGUAUGUAGCAUGAGUAGUCUAGUGGUAAGAAUAGUACUACCGGACUCGUAAUCAUGAAUUUUCCUCACUUCACCCAAGUGUGAAUUAGUACCCAGCCAGAGACAGCGGAAGAUCUUGUCAGUAUGUUAGUGUUUUAACACCUGUAAAAUGGCAGCUUGCACUGUAUGCUUCCGGGAAAAAUUAGAUUGUUUCAGAAUGCUGUCAAGUCUGCUGAGGUAAUAGUAUAGAUUGUACAGCACCGAAGAGCUUGCUGUUCUGUGGGAAUUUACGCUAUACAAAUGCUUUUUAUUAUUUAUAAAAUUGAUAAUUAAGUGUUGAGGAUGCAAGUUUUUGUAGAACAAAGUAACACUCUGAUAUGAUUAAUGUGGCUUCCCAGGCAGACAACUUCCUAAAUAUGGGUCAACAAUGUUAGAUUGGAAUUAUAGUUAGAUGUGGUCUACACUGUUAUAUUUUCUUGUUCUUGUUGUUUGUUUUUGUUUUUGUUUUAAAUAGUAGGGUUUUUUUAGGUAGUGUUCAGGUAGUAGGCUUUUUGGGGGGUGGGGGUAUUUGGACACUUGGUCUCAUGUCAAAGUCAGCUGAUGUUACUAAACAGUUCAUUACUUGGCUUAAAACACUGCACACUACUAAUGAGAGGAGAGAGUCAUAGUAUCGCACUUGAUUGAACUCUGACUGCACCUUCCAUAAAAUUGACGGUCAUGGUGUAGUCAUUUGUAUAUUUGUUGCCAUUUUAUUAUGUGAUUGUUAAGAUAUGUGAAGCACAUAUUAUGUAAAUAUUCCGGAAGCUGUCUCAUGUGAGCCAAGCGCUGUGAUGAAGAAGGUAGUAUUUACUUCACGGGAGCUAGACAAACUUCAGUCUAGCUCACCAGUAAAGAUGUAAGUCUUUACGUUUUUAAUUUUUACUCGAGAAAGUUUGUUUUUGUAUAUAUUUAUUUAAUUAAGUUUCAGUUUUUUUCUUGGUUGUGAUGGUCUGAAAGAGUUAUUUUCAUCUUUUAAUUAAGUCGAGUGACAGAGAAAGGUCAGGAUCAUGUAGCUUUUUUUUUUAGAGUAUCCGAGCAAAGGAAUAAGUGGAGAGCCAUGAUUGUCGAUGUCUGUCGCAGAUCUGGCAUUUGAUGAUGAUGAUGAUGAUUACUUUUGUGCAGUAGUUCAUAGUUGGAGCUUUUGAGGGAUUAAACAAUUGAGGGUUUUUUGUUGGGAGAAAAAAAAAUCUUGUGACACACAGUGUUGUUGCUUCUCAAGUUCUGAUGGUAUAAUGACUUAAUGUACUUGGGAACAGAUUACCAUCUGAAAACAAAUCAAAAUGACACACAUUUCAUGAACAAUUAGCGACAAAUUUUUAAACUUUGGCUAGUUUAUUAUAAUUGCGUGUCACAUGCUCAGUGUCAGACUCCGCAGUCAUACAUCUCUUUUCAAAUUGGCGUAUGGCGGAGUUUUACACUCAGCAGUUGAUGUCGAUCUAAAUCCAGAACGUAUAGAUUGACACAUGAACAUAGAAAAGCAAAAUGAUAUUAAAGCAAAUUUCUAGUUGUUUGAUGACAUAAUCAGUAACUGCUUGAUGGUGACAGAGAAUUGUACUUGGCUUUACAAUGUGAAACCUCUAGUUUAUGAUCUGUUGGUGUCUGCAUAGCUGGAUGUGAAAUGGGUUGGCCUGACAAUGUUUACGGUGGGAGCAAAUUUGUUUUACAUGGCAAUUUUGUCCCAAAGAGUGAAAGCAUUUCACAGUAGUUUGUUUUCACUGGUACUGUAAGGAAACGUUAUAUUAAAAAGCUUUGCUUUUUCAAGAAUUGACAUUCCUUUUCCCAGAAAUACCAACACAAAUCUGUAUGUCAUCAACUGGUUUUGACAACUCGGAGAUGUAACUAAUGAAAUGAAAUUUUGCUACUUAGCCCUACCAGGAUAAGCCUGCCAAAAAUUUUGUUUAGUUUUUCUGUCUUGUUCAAGUAUAAUUAAUGACCAGGACAUUGCUGUCCUGACCGAAAUUUUCCAUUGUUUGUCAUCAAAAAUAGUUAGUGGCUCCGUUCUCUUGAUCCCAUCAGUAGCAUUUAUUUUAACACUCAAAUAAUAAUAUUCUUUUGAGAACAAUGAGAUUUUUUGUACUGAUUCUUUGAGAGAUUGCUCUUUAUUUUUUUCCUUUUUUCACAUAAACUUCCUGUGUCAUUAAAUCAUACAAACUGUAGAUCUCCUUUAUUAAGGCAAUCAUAUAAAGUUAUUGCCAUGAUUUGUAUUUCUAGAUCCAUUUUGUAGAGAACUUGAGAUGAGUUAUUACUAGUUUAUUUUGUUUUCCCCUGUGACAGCAGUAAUUUCUUUAGAAUGACUUUAGAACACAUGGAUAGAGUGGCUUUUUGUUGUGUCUGUUUAUGCAUACAUUCAUGAACUUUUAUCUAGAUACCAACUUCCUUUGAUCGUAGAAUAGAGUUGGCAUGAAUGAUGUUAGAAGCUUCGGCACUCAGGUUUGCUAGUUUUGCUUUUAUGCUUAUUGUACACAGCUUUGAUGGCUUCUACCAUUCCCAUGCCUCUUAAAAGUAAUUCUUCCCCAGUCUUGCUGGGUUGUUGUUGUUGUUGUUGUUGUUGUUGCUGUUAUUGUUGUUGUUGUUGUUGUUUCAGAUUUGUGCACCAUUUUGCUAUGUGUUGAGCCUUUGCUCUUGUUACCAUGCCGCGUUGAUCGCUGACCAACUGGUAGCCCAUUAUGCAUAUCGCAAGUUAUUGCAAAGAUCUCUUUAUUCUCUGCGUGUAUUGAGACAAUGUGAUGUAUUUUUAAAAGAAAAAAACAACGCUAUUUUUGUCUGAGUGGAUAUUUGAAUAUAUAUUUUGUUUGGUUUGCUCUGUACAUAGCCAGCUCAAUCCUGUUGCCAUGCUUGCUGAUUCACAAAAUGGUCUUUCUGCGCACCGUGUGUUCUUGCUACAAGGGAAUUUGUCGGCAUUUCCUGAAGCUGUUUCCGUCUGCUUCAGUCUUUUAUUAUAAUAAUAUAUGUUCAGCAAGUGAUUUGGAUCUGAAAAUGUUGCACAAAAUUUAGAUGUGUAUACACCGGUACCUCCGCUUCUAGAGUGAUGUGUGUUGUGAGUAUUGUUGUCCCUUAAGUCAGCGAUUUUUAAAUUCCAUUCUGGUUACUAUUAAUAGAUUUUAGAACGAAAUAUGUUGUGAAUAUUUUUGCUCGUUGUUGUCUUUUCUGCUGUUUUAUUGGUGUUCCUUAAUUGUUUCCCAAGUAGAACUUGGUAUUAAUUUGUCAUUUUUUAAAUGAAUUAUAUUGUUUGUGUUUUGGUUUGUUGUAGCCAAGAUGGCAUGUUUUGCUUUGAAUCGGGGUGUGCUGGUUUUCUCUUAAAAUGAUUUGUACCAAGUGCGUCACAUGAUGAUACAUUCUCUGAGCGUAGAGUUGUACGCCAAAUGGCUAGCUGGAACUGUAGGUGAAUAUUGUUAUCAAGAAACCCUGUGUACAGUUUUUAUUAUAUAUAUACAUAGAUAUAUAUUUAGUUGCCCACCUAGUAGAGUGGUAUGAUGUAGUAAUGGUGAAGGAUUUAAUGUAGAUUGGAUUUGAUGGACUUUGUUAUAGAGAUGUAGGGCAAACGCAACUGUGGUGGGGAAGAUGAGACCGAGAAAAACCUCCCGAUGUGGUAGGUUUGAAGUGGUAAGUUGAAUCAAUCAGCUGGGCCUGCUGAACUUUGAGCACAACUUUAGAUCGGAGCUACUUGAUAUUUUUGCCAUGCCAACUUUAUGAUCAGGUCCUAUCAGACAUGAUUAGGUAGGCCGACAGGUACUUUAUCUGCAAGUCACAAAACUUUUUUAAGGGUUCCCCUCACUCUAUGAAAUAUUACAGCAACUGCGGUAAACAUGCACUUAUCAUUACAUGGCAUUGGACUGAAGAAUGAGGGCCCAGCUGUUGCUGGAUUGAUAACAACGACUACAACAACAUUUUGGGUUCCAUGUUGCUUAAAAAUAAGAUAGGAUCUUUUCAGUAUUAUUGUUGUUCUCUUGGAAAAUAUACUUCAGCUCCUGUCAGUGGCAGAAAAGCACUGACUAGUUGAGCUGCACAAGCAGAAAUCAUUUGUUCUUUCGGUUGUUAACACAAAAAGUGGUGUCGGAAAAAUGGUUAACAUGGGCGCCUGGAAAAGGGUGUCCUGUCGGGAAACUUGUUGUGGUCUUUGUCGCCCUUUUGCCGAGCCCGAUAUGAUAUCCUUGUCUAUAGAUCCAUUUAUAUAUAUAUAUAUAUUAUAUAUGUUUAUACAUGUGAGUAUACUCAUGUUUAUGAUGUUAACUAUGUCUAUUUCAAGACUGUUAGAGGUUAGUUUUUGCACAGACGAUCACCGAUUUUUUAUUGACCCAAGAGUGACAAAAUGUAGUUCAUUCUGUGUGAUAUGUAGAUAUACAGUACGUCGACCAAAACAAAACUCUGGGAUUUUCUUUCCUGCUUUUUUUUUUGUUUUUUUGUGUUUUAUACUUUUUUAACUGCAAUCAUGUUGCUUUAUGUCAAUUUGACCACGUUUGACAUUGCUGUGAUAAAGGAGAGUAACGAAAGAUGACACAAACUGAAAUUUACUAUACAAGCAAAUGAGAUAUGUUUGUAUUCUUGAUUUAUUUAUGAACAAAAA